AUGGCGGCUAUCAUGGACCUCUCCUUUAUGUACUUGUAUUUCAAGAAUUGCAAUCUGGUCCGCAACCUCUCGGACAAGUACGUCUUCAUCAUGGGCUGUGACUCGGGAUUUGGGAACCUCCUGGCCAUGCAGCUGGUUGAUCAGGGCAUGCGGGUGCUGGCUGCUUGCUUCACUGAGGAGGGGGCCCAGAAGCUUCAGCAGGAUACCUCCUACCAGCUGCAGACCACCUUAUUAGAUGUCACCAAGACUGAGAGCAUCAAAGCAGCAGCCCAGUGGGUGAGGGACCAAGUGGGCGAGCAAGGCCUCUGAGCCCUGGUGAACAACGUUGGUGUAGGCCUGCCCAAUGGUCCCAAUGAAUGGCUGACCAAGGAAGACUCUGUGAAGGUGAUCAACGUGAACCUGGUGGGACUGAUCGAAGUGACUCUCCAUAUGCUGCCCAUGGUCAAGAAAGCCAGGGGCAGGGUCGUCAAUAUGUACAGCUCUGGUGGCUGUGUGGCUAUCAUUGGUGGCGGCUACUGCAUCUCUAAGUUUGGCGUCGAGGCCUUCUCUGACAGCAUCAGGCGUGAGCUCCACUACUUCGGGGUGAAAGUCAGCAUCAUGGAGCUGGGGAAAUCCAUUCUGGGCAAGAAGGACCUGGAGGGCAUGGAGAAGAGCAUGUGCAAGCUGUGGGAGCGGCUGCCUCAGGAGACCCGCGAGAGCUGUGGAGAGGAGUACUUCCAUAUCUAUACUGACAAGUUAAAGAACACGAUGUAGCUGGCAGAGCCAAGGAUCAGUGAGGCCACUAACAGCAUGGAGCCUGCUAUUGUUUCCAGGAACCCCCCCCGCAUCCACUACAACCCUGGCCUGGAUGUCAAACUCCUCUACCUCCCCUUGGCUAAGUUUCCCACCCCUGUGACAGAUUUCAUCCUGAGGCGAUACCUUCCAAGGCCAGCAGACAGUGUUUGA